GAGGAUGCCAACAUGCUCGUGCGAAGCCCGCGUUGAAUAGAAGAGUGAUUGGCUCCCAUAGACGCUCAGAAAAACCAGACUAAUACAACAUGAGGUGUUGCUCACCAUAACCAUCUUUAAGCCAUUUGGUGUUUUGUUUUUUUCUCACGGCUUGCCUUCAUACAGAGGCUGGUUCUUUGGAGGGGCUAAAAGGUAUCGUCACUUUUUUUUUGCUUUGGAACUUGAAACGAGGGGGCACAAUGAACGAGGAACCGGACGGCAACGUCACUCAGACGUACGACAACUGGACGUUCCCCAACAUCUCCUCGACGUCGUCAUGGGAGGAGGAGAACCCUUUCAGACCCAGGAAUAACAUCACAUACGUUGGAUAUUACCUGCACGAGUCGUCCAUCGCGGCCAUCUUCGUGGCGUCCUACCUGUUAAUCUUCCUGGUGUGCAUGGUGGGCAACGGCGUGGUAUGCUUCAUCGUGCUGCGCAGCAAGAACAUGCGCACGGUCACCAACCUGUUCAUCCUCAACCUGGCCGUGAGCGACCUUCUGGUUGGCAUCUUCUGCAUGCCCACCACGCUGCUGGAUAACAUCAUCACAGGGUGGCCCUUUGGAAGCCUGGUGUGUAAAAUGAGCGGCAUGGUGCAGGGAAUCUCCGUGUCGGCGUCGGUGUUCACGCUGGUCGCCAUCGCAGUUGACAGGUUCCGAUGCAUCGUGUACCCCUUCAAGCAGAAGCUGACGCUGUCCACAGCCACCCUAAUUAUAGUCAUCAUCUGGGUCCUGGCCAUCUCCAUUAUGUGUCCCUCUGGGGUCAUGCUGCAGGUGACCAAGGAGCAAACUAUCAGUGUGCUGCUAGGAUACAACAACAAAACAACUCCCUUUUACUGGUGCCGAGAAAACUGGCCCAACCAGGGCAUGAGGAAGAUCUACACCACGGUCCUCUUCGCCAACAUCUACCUCGCCCCCUUGUCCCUCAUCGUGAUCAUGUACGCCCGCAUCGGAAUCACGCUCUUCAAGUCGGCCGUGCCGACGGGCGGCAAACCGGGCCACGACAACCGCCACACGGUGUCCAAGAAGAAGCAGAGGGUCAUCAAGAUGCUGCUUGUCGUGGCCCUGCUGUUCAUCCUGUCCUGGCUGCCCCUGUGGACGCUGAUGAUGUUGAGCGACUACGCCAGCCUCACGGUGCAGCAGCACCGCGUCAUCAACAUCUACAUCUACCCCUUCGCCCACUGGCUGGCCUUCUUCAACAGCAGCGUCAACCCCAUCAUCUACGGCUUCUUCAACGAGAACUUCCGCCGGGGCUUCCAGGCCGUCUUCAAGUUCGGCCUGUGCUCGGCCAACGGCCAUCGCAGGAAGACCUACUCGCACCGGCUGCAGGGGAACUCGGUGCUGCCGGCCAACCCCGGGGCCUCGGUGGAGCCCGUCUCCCUGAACAGCCUGGACAACAACACGUCCCGCAGGUCCAGAAACGUCAACGAGCAGGACCUGGUCAUGGAGGACCUGGACAAGGUCUCGCCCAGCAGCGGGGGAGUGACUGCCGUGUCUAUUUGAGCGAGACAAGGGGUGCGAGGUGACUGUCAGAGCGGGACGGGAGACCUCUGUGUCUAUUUGAGCAGGACAGGUGCACGGGUGGUUUUGGUUAGUUUGCCUUCGUCGUGGAUUGAAAUUGAAACGACAUGUGGGGACAGGACAUUGACUGUGUCAGCAACUGCACAACUGCAAAAGUGAAUAGCUUUUUUUUUUCCUUCUUAAAUGUUGAAUGUUACGUUAUCAAAAUAGUAGCAAAUAAAGCAGCUUUGUAUUUUACGCCUCUUCGAAAUCAAGCACAAACGUAUUACAAUAAACAAGUUUGUACAACCUCGCCAAGGGGUGAGUUUUAUAGUAGCAUUUAACUGGAAAAGCUAUCCUUUCCUAUCUCCUAUUAUACAUACCAUAUGGCACAUCAUGUGUAAUAUGAAGGGACAAGCAUUUCUGGUGAUACUUUGGUCAAACCUACAUAUUGUGUUGACACUUGAAAUUCAGUUGAAACUCUAGCUCUGUUGUCUAUAACAAUCUUAUUAAAACAAUCAUUUAUAAUGGGUAAAGCCUUUUUUCAAGGAUUUCAAGGAGAUCGGAAAUACGGCAUCAUUCUGUUUUCCCUAUCACUAAAACGUGUUUCAAUAUAAAUUUCAUACACACGAAUGCCAGCUAAACUAUAAAUUAUGACUGGAAAAUGUUAUUCCACAAAAUGGGUUUACCGGUAAUUCAAUAUUUCAAACGUAUAUUUGGAUGGAUCAUUUGAUAAAAUGUCCUUUAUGACUCAAUCCUCCACCCUUCUGAUCUUGGUUUAUUCAAUUUGUUUCGUGAAUGCAGAUCAAUAUCGCAUUAAGCAUGAUGUCUAUGCUCACAGCCAAAGUGGACCCGGCCCCAUUUGAAUUUACCGUUGCGAGGCCACACAGGCAGAGAGGCAGCCAGACUGGGGUCAACAAUCAAUACAUAACUAUCAGAAAGAUUAAUGAGUGCAUGAAGAAUUACUAUGAUCGCGCCAGAGAAUUGUUGCCAAGUUUUCCAAUCAGGAAUUUUCUGUUCAAAUUAGGGUUUUUGUCCAUUGGCCAUUUGGAGAACCCACCAACCUGAGAAUGCUAUUUUUGAGAGUAUCCUACCGAAAAGGCAAGUCCUCGAAACACAAGGCGAGCUUUCUUGCUAGCUAUAGCGAUAGGUCUGCCUAGCCGGCCAGGCCUGUUAUUGGUUGAUGUCAGGAUGUAAAGAGAUAUAAACAAAUAUGACGAAAAUGAAUCUAAGGUGAAUUGACGACUGUAACAUUGAAAUAAUGGUCAAUCAGUACUAGUCAAUCAAACAGCAUAGGAUACUAUUCUUAAUUGUUAUUUAAGGGUUAACAUCUUUUGGCAGAGUGAGUGAGUGUUAAUCAGGGCAGAAACACUGAUUCGUUGUCGUUGAAAACCAUGAAUACAAUAUGCCUCAUUCACACAGGCAUCCACAGCACUCAAACAGUAGCUGUUCAAUAUGUGGUUAACAUUUAUUGAGCACCAGCCAUAAUUGAUAUGCCUUGGAGGAGUGCCGAGAAUUUAAAAUGAAGUACUGGGAGCAGCUUUUAGAGGACACACAUUUCCUCUAAAGCUGGAGGAGUGGAGGAAGCAUUUGUAUCAAUAUUAUUAAUAUACACACAUUGCUGACAUUUUGAAAAGCAGAACAUUGCUUUGAUUACCUUAUUUCCUCAAGUCACUUAGUCUUGGUACAAAGAGUGUAAUGCUGCUGACAUGGCUUCUUUUUGUUCAUCAUGAUUUUGUGAGGAAUGUGCCGUUUAAAGUUUCUCAAAGUGUUUCCUAUUGAAUUACAAAGUGUUGUAUAACGAUUGCUUUGAUCUCUCCAUGAAACAGUUCCUGUGAUUUUUAUCUGAAAAAGAAAAUGGGACUGCCGGAUAAACUUAUAUUGUCUACCUUCAUUUGGUAGCCUUUGCCCUGUGCCCAGAAUUUCUGCUGUGAAGUUCUGUGUGUCUUUGUGAACUGUGGUUGUUAGGACCCCUAUGAGUUUUGAUCACCUAUCGGCCAUCUUGGUUCUAAAUGCCAGCUCGUUGGUGGAACUGAAUGCAGUUCCACCAACGUUAUAAGCUUAAAUAACAAGAUUCCAGGAAAUCUUAAGAUUUCAACAACACAGACAUCAUGAACGUCAAUCAAUUUAUACUAAAGUUAGUAUGAUGCAAAUUGCUUGCACACAGUUCCACCACACAGCUGGCGUUUUUCCAAGUUCAAACCAAAAUGGCCAGUGUGAGGCUUUUUGAACCUGUAGGUGUUUUUGGUGUUUCUAAGGGUGACUUAGUGUUGUCUGGCACUUUCUGUGGAGGCUUUGUUCCCAAAUAACUUGUUGAAAAAUAAGAUGUUGUCUUCGCUGUACAGAAAAACAUUACACUAAUGCAAACCUCAAAAAAUACCAGUGCAAAAAUAAGCUACGCAAAAAGGUUAUUUAUUUAUUCUCACCCAUUUCGCUCACCAUCCCUACUCUUUGGGACCGGGCGUUUGAACUGCCUCAGUACCGUACCGGAGGCCACUGAAAUGGGCACAUUUAUUAUACUCCCUGCUGGCUCUCCAUAAUGUUGUGCGACCGUGUGAGCCGACAUGCUGUCACUCAAUAUUAAUGAUUUCUGCCGCUCAAAAUUUGGCAAUUUCCCCCUGAGCGUAGGAGUCGACUAUAGAGACUGCUGGUCAAUUUCCAUGCAUGUCAUUGGCCCGGGCACAUUGUGCAGAAUGAAAUCAAUGUCUGGCAUCGUGGUGGGAGCCAAACUGGUUUGUGGAAAACAAUGCUGCUCUGUGUAUCAUAGUCUAGGUGGGGUGAUUAGCCCCAAUAGAGAUGUGAAGGUCAGGUUUAAUCUGCUGCAAGGGGAAGUAAUUUCCCACACCUUGUAGAACAACCGUUUCUAAGUCUCCUCGCCUCAGACGCAGUCAGAACCCAUGAUUAUCAUUCUUGCUUAUGUUCCACUGUGUUAAGUUGUUGUUGUUGUUGGUGUAUAUGUUUUGCCAUCUGUCGGAGGUUGUGUAUGAGAAUACAUCUAAUUAGUAUCAUUAAAGGAGAACAUAUUAUUGAAAAUGCUUACUGGUAUAAGAAUUCAAAUCUCACAGUUACUGAUGACUCUUGGGAGUGUCAUCGACUGCCUAUUCUUGUGACGCUUUCUUUAUGUGCACUUAUUGGAUGGCAGAAGUGAUGUAGUGGUCGGGCCUUGAUAUUGAAUGUACAGAUUCAUUCUGUGCCUGUAGCCCUCAAUCAUAUAGUAAGUCCCUUUGCUAUUGUUGCUGCUCCAAACUUUGCCAAAUUGAAUGGAUGAGUACCCGUAAAAAUGUGUUUUGUUGGAUUUUGUACAAGUUGCAUGUGGAUAUGUUGUGUCAUUUGUUGUGAGUGUUUUACUACUUAAUUCUAUAUGUUGGGAUUUGUACGUUCGUACCGGUAUGGUGUGGAAUUAACAAUUGUGAACGGAAUUGGUUUGAAUGAGAUUUUCGGUAAUAGCAUGGAGAAUGAAAGUUUUCUGUGGCAGACACUGGUAGGGAGAUAGGACUUGACCAAUAUUAUUUGUGAAGGGCUCAUUUGAACAUCUAUUACCUCUGUGAAUAUUCAUGGUUAAAUGAUGAAUGAAUGCUCAUGUAAUCAUAAUAUAUUAUCCAUCGAGGUCACCUGCAUAUAUUGAACAGUUUGCUGAACAUGAACAGCAUUCGAGGAAGCAGCGUGAUCUAUGAAAAUGUAAGUAUGUAAUAAUGCUAAUGUUUGAUCCAGAUUCAGGGAUUAGCAAUUUAACUCAAUAAGACACAGAACAUUAACUCUUUUGUUAUUUUAAUUUUUGCUAAAAGGGUUCAGUGAAAUCUUGAUGUUUCAAAUGCAAAUUGUAAUGCACUUGUUGAUAUAACCAUUUUGCAUCAAAAAAGAAGUGUGAAAUCUGUUUGGGGUCACCUUAAAGUGUAAGUAAACUCCAAAAAUAUAUUUUUGCAGUUGAAAACGGUUCAGUUUUGGUCUCACAAAGUGUUAUGGAACAUUUCUAUGUUAUUUUGACUAAAAUGUAUGAAGUUGCUCAACAUGGGAAAUUCUCCGUAAAAUACAAGAUGUUUGCUACUACUAAAAACGCUAUUGGUGAGUUGUAGUUUUCUAUUGGUAACAAUCAAACUCUGCAGCUAAAGUAAGUGUGGCAUUGGCCUUGACAACAUAUGAAAAUGGCCCUCACACUUGCUCCUAUGGAACCCAGUAUGUCCGUUUUUUCUUACACAGGCUGUCACGACAGCUCAGAUUGCAGAGGAGUUUACAGACCCUUCAUUGACCCUGUGUGUUACAGUUCAAUCAGUAGCAAGUAAAACAAAUUACUUUGACCACUUGCUGGGACACAUACAUUCAUAUAGCAUAUAUAUGUAAAAAAUAUAUGUAUGUAUAUAGUGUAUAUAUAUAUAUAUAUACACACACACACACACAUAUAAAUAUAUAUGCAGAAAUAUAUAUAAAUCUUUACUUACAAUUGAAUAUAACAUUAGGUAAAGCCUUUGUAAAAGGAAUGCCACUUUGGUGAAGUCUUUAUUUUGUAAUUGGAUUUUGGGCUCUUAUACAUUUCCAGUGUGUGUUUGAGUGUUUGGAGCUUACCCUUGAACACAAGGGAUGGUCAGACACUGCACUGGCCAAAUUUACAUGUUGAAAUGUAUUCGUAUCUUCAAUAAUUCACAUGUUAGACUAUCGGGCACAAAAUCCACAUCCUGCCAAAAAGGAAUAUGUGUUUUCAGGCAGAAGCACUGCACUUUGGGGACCUCAAAUCAACGCGCGUGCACACACACACACACACACACACACACACACACACACACACACACACACACACACACACACACACACACACACACACACACACACACACACACACACACACACACACACACAAAAGGCUGGUUCCCUGAAACCAGCCAAUUGGAAUGGAUCCUCAUCAUCAUCAUCAUCCCACUUUGCUCUUUGCACGGGUCGCAUAAAGGACAAAGCCAACACAAACCAUAUAGAUGACAGUUGUCUCAGGAGGAGCAGAGGUCACCAAAUUGCAACCACAUCGGGGCCGGAAUAACAUCACAUAAAAUGCAUUCAACAUGAGCAGUGUGGCUUGUCACUACAUGAACAAGAUUACAUUAAACGACGUUGUUGGAAUUCUCCCAUAGCAUGCGCUGCCUGAGGAUAUGCAGAGAGAGAAGAAGAUGGAGCAAGAGAGAGGGAGAUUAAUGAGAGAGGCAAAGAGAGCGGGAGAAGGGAUACUGCCAGACAUUUCUGCCAGUGGGGAAGCAAUGACUGACAGCGUGAGGGGGUGUGUGGUGUGUGCAGGAAGAAGAGUGGGAACUGAGCUGCUGCGAACACACACACACGCAACCACGCUUGUGUUGUGUGCGCACCCUUUUUUUCUGGAAUUCGAAACCACUGUCAUAAAUCACAGCUACGUGUGCACCUCGGAACUGUGUUGCCUUCAUAAUACCUCGCAGUUAUGAAGGCGUAUAAUGUGUUGCAUGACUCGGCAGAUGGUCAACCGGUGAAUUAGCCGUGAUACAUUGUACUAUAUCACUUGUAUUAUAUCGAUAACAACCCAUUUAUAUUCCUGCUGUGCUUUACUUGCCUUGUGUUCAACUUUAUUUUUUUCGCGUGGCCCUGGAGGGUUUGCUGAAUCUUGUGUGUCAGCUUUGAUUAAAGAUGUUGUCAAAAUAAAAAAGAAAAUUCU